UAACUAAAGAAAUUGGGAAAAUGUCGACUAUAUCAUACAUGCAGUUACCAGCAUACGCUGUUGGUAUCAGACCACGUGUACUAGAUAUUUAUAAGCUAUUGUGCUUUGGUUCGGAUGACGCACAAACUAUCGGAAUCUGCGGAAUGGGUGGGAUUGGUAAAACAACACUAGCGAAGGCAGUCUAUAAUCAAUUCUCUGAUCGUUUUGAAGGAACAAGUUUCUUAGAAAACUUUAAGGAAUACUCCAAGAAACCUGAAGGGAAAAUUCAUCUUCAGCGAAAACUUCUUUCUGAUAUCACAAAAAACAAUGACCAAGUGUUCAACAUGGAUCACGCAGUGAAAUAAAAGAUUUCGCAAUAGAAGAGUACUUGUUGUAAUUGAUGAUGUUGAAGACGUUGAUCAGCUAGCUUCAGUCGGAAUAGAUUUGAGCUGCUUUGGGCCAGGAAGCAGGAUAAUCAUUACAAGCAGGGACAUGCAUUUGUUAGAGUUGCUCAAGGUUGAAAAUAUAUAUUUACCAAAUGCGCUCAACAGUGAAAAAUCUCUUAAGCUUAUAAGGUUGCAUGCGUUUCGAACAAGUGAACCUUCUGAAGAGUUUAUCCUGCUCUAAAAAAAGUUGGCUAAAUACUGCGGAGGACUACCCUUGGCUAUGGAAGUCUUGGAUAGUUUUCUUUUCAAGAGAAGCAUUUCCGAAUGGAAAAGCACAUUGAAAUCGUUGAAAAGUUUACCCAAUGAUAACAUUCAAGCCAAGCUUGAGAUCAGCUUUGAUGCUCUAAACGCAUUCCAGAAAGAUAUAUUUUUGGAUAUUUCUUGCUUCUUCAUCGGUGUGGAUAAAGACUAUGUACGUUGCAUAUUGGAUGGAUGCGACUUAUAUCCCGACAUAGGACUCAGUGUACUAAAGGAAAGGUGCCUCAUUACAUUCCAUGAUAACAGGUUAAUGAUGCACGACUUGUUACGUGAUAUGGGAAGACAUAUUGUCCGAGAACGUCUCCAAAAAAAUGUGAGAUGGAGUAGAUUAUGGGAUCAUGUUGAUGUUAUGAAUGGAUUGGCAAACUAUCAUGGAACUGAUGCAAUUGAAGGACUCAGCUUGAAGGCCGAAGUUACGUCUGUUGAGAACUUGGAGGUUAAAGCAUUUUCAAAUCUGACGAUGCUGAGACUGUUACAACUCAGUCAUGUACAUCUCAAUGGAAGCUAUGCAAAUUUUCCAAAUCGUUUACGAUGGCUUUGCUGGUUAGGAUUUCCUCUACACUCCAUUCCAACAGACUUUCGUUUGGGAAGUUUAGUUAUCCUGGACAUGCAGUACAGCAACCUAAAACGACUUUGGGGUGAUGGAAAGCAGCCUCAGUCCCUUAAGGAGUUAAAAUACCUUGACCUCAGUCAUUCUAUCCAAUUGACAGACACUCCAGACUUUUCAAAUCUCCCCAAUCUUGAGAAGUUGCUCUUGAUUAAUUGUAAAAGUUUGGUUCGGGUUCACAAGUCGAUAGGGACUCUUCACGAAAAGCUAAUACUAUUAAAUCUAAAAGACUGCACCAAGCUUGGUGACCUCCCUUUGGAACUUUAUAUGUUGAAAUCGCUGGAAACUCUCAUUGUCUCAGGCUGCGUUAAACUUGAGAGAUUGGACAAUGCUUUGCGUGACAUGAAAUCCUUAACAACUCUUAAGGCCAAUUAUACCGCUAUAACGCAAAUUCCAUAUAUGAGCAAUCAACUGGAAGAGUUAUCUCUUGAUGGCUGCAAAGAGUUAUGGAAAGUCAGAGACAACACUCAUUCUGAUGAAAGCCCUCAAGCUACUCUAUCUCUUCUAUUCCCAUUAAAUGUUAUAAGCUGCCUGAAGACUUUACGUUUAGGUUCCUGCAAUCUAUCUGAUGAAUUGGUUCCCAAGAAUCUUGGGAGUUUGUCUUGUCUUGAGGAGCUUGAUCUACAGGGCAACAACUUUCGCAAUUUGCAAAUGGAUUUUGCGGGUCUUUCAAGUCUACAGAUUCUGAAAGUGGAUAGUUGCUCAGAACUUCAAUCCAUGUUUAGUUUACCAAAAAGAUUGAGAUCCUUCUAUGCGAGCAACUGUAUCAUGUUGGAAAGAACUCCAGACUUAUCAGAAUGCUCGGUGUUGCAAUCGUUGCACCUCACAAAUUGUUUCAACCUUGUUGAGACGCCGGGGCUGGAUAAACUGAAAACAGUUGGAGUCAUCCACAUGGAAAUGUGCAACCGCAUAUCAACUGAUUACAGAGAAAGCAUCAUGCAGGGUUGGGCAGUGGGUGCUAAUGGUGGAAUUUUUAUCCCGGGAUCAAGCGUUCCAAACUGGGUUAGCUUCAAGAAUGAGAGGCAUUCUAUCUCUUUCACUGUGCCUGAAAGUUUGAACGCUGAUCUCGUCGGGUUUACCUUGUGUCAGCAAAACGAUGUCAUGUCUGGAUACCCUCCAAAGAUCAUAGUGAACAAUCACACCAAAGAAGAUGUAUGGAUUCGCAGUCCAGCAACAGAUCACAUUCGUAUGUACCAUGAAAAACACAUCUGGCAAGGACACUUUUCAAAUGAAGAUUUUUGUUUGGACACAGGGGAUCAAGUGGAAGUUUCGGUUUUUUUUGGAGAUCAAGUCACCAUUCUUGGGAUAGGACUAACUCUUUCUUACAAAGAAGAAGACAGUAAUUCAUCAGACGAAGACGUUUCAGAUAGUAGGCUUCAUAGACGAUAAAAUCAUUGAUGAUGAACUAGUUCUGGCAGAAAGCCAAAGAAGACCUCGCAAG